AGUGAUGAAAAAGUGAGAGAAGAACGCGAGAGACGUAAACGAGAGGACGAAGAAUUAAGACUGAAACAAUUGGCAGCAGAGGAGGAGAGACAGAAGAGAAUCGCUGCCGAAUGGGAACGUAGAGAGCAGUUGGAGCAGCAGGUUGGGCUGGCUUGUGCUCCGAAACGUCAUUCGCGUACGCCGGUCGGUGCCGUUCCAAUAAUGCCAGGCAUACCGCAGUCUCCAUCGCCCAGAGAGCCUCUAGCGAGUGCUACUCCGGAAGAGACUGCCGCCAACUACGGUGAUGAUCAAACGGCAGGCAGAUGCGGGCAGCCGAUGGCCGAGCCGAUUAAACUGCCCGAAUUCAAUCCAGCUGCAACAACCAUGAGAUCAGCAGCCACUCAACAACAACGUAUGCGAAAUUAUAUUGCUCUUCAAACUGCGUUUAUUGAGUUGUCUGAAAACACUGAGCACUCUUUUUGA